CAUUGGGUGGUGUUGGUGCCAUUUUGGGCAGUUUGGCCUUACGAAACGCUUCUUUUACCAAAGAGGCACGUAACAAAAUUGGCUGAUCUGAAUAACGAAGAAAAAUAUUCUCUUGCUGAAAUAAUGAAGCGGCAUUUGACCAAAUACGAUAAUCUGUUUAAGACUUCAUUUCCCUAUUCCAUGGGAUGGCAUGGUGCUCCUACUGGUAACGAUCAUAUGCGUGCCAAUUAUUGGCAGUUACACGCUCACUACUUCCCUCCCCUACUUCGUUCCGCUAGUGUAAAGAAAUUUACUGUUGCAUACGAGAUGCUGUGUCAGUCUCAAAGAGAUUUAACACCCGAACAGGCUGCCCACAGAUUGAGAAGUUUAUCAGAAGUACACUAUAAAUGUAGCUGAUUUUAAUGAGUAAUUUUAUAUAUUUAUACGAAACUAUCUUUUGCAUGUAAUAAAAUGUACUGUACAUUCUAUAAUUAACACUAUUUUACAUUAAUAUGUUUAUAUUACAUAACAUUAUUACACAUCAUUGCCUGUAUUUUAAUAUUAAAACUGUGAAGGCACCAGCGUAAUGUAGAAUACGAGGCUAUCUAAUUAUUUCCAUGAUUGGCUGCCGUGACUUAUACUGCCCAUGAAAUAUUGUGCAAUUUGGACAGGAUUGAAACAUGGAUUUUCUACAGUGAUGUGCUAACACGUGGUUCUGAAAGCACAAUUGGAGACGUGUAAAAUAAUGGAAAAAAAUUAUAGAA